GUGAGCCGUGCUGCCCUCGGGGGAGGUGCGUCCAUCCAUCCAUCAUCUGUCCGUCGGUCGGUCGGUCGGUCAGUCAGUCAGUCCGUCUGUCGGUCAGUCGGGCGGGCCCGCUCGGGCCUCCCCGUGCCGCACCGGCGGGGCCGCGCCGCGUCCGCCCAGCCCCAGCGGUGGCGGUGAGGGGGGGCGGGGGCCUCCGCGCGCCGCCUCCCCCCGCAGCGCGCGCCAUGGCGGCCAACGAGGACCAGGAGAUGGAGCUGGAAGCGCUGCGCUCGAUCUACGAGGGAGAUGUGUGCUUCAGGGAGCUCAGCCCGGUGUCCUUCCAGUACAGGAUAGGUGAGAGUGGAGAUCCGAAAGCCUUUCUAAUAGAAGUUUCUUGGCCAGAAACAUAUCCACAAACAGCACCCAUCAUAUCGAUGGAUGCUUUCUUCAACAACACAAUAUCUUCAGCUAUUAAGCAAAAUAUAUUGGAUAAGUUAAUGGUAGAAGUUGAAGCAAAUCUUGGAACUGCUAUGACAUACACACUUUUUGAAUAUGCCAAAGAUAAUAAAGAGGUGUUCAUGGAAAAUCAGCCUGUUAGCACUGUUACUUCAGUAAGCAAUAGUAUUGCAAUUGGAACUCCUGAUGUGCCAGCAAGUAAGAAAAAAGAUAAAAAGGAGCAGUUAUCCAAAACCCAGAAACGAAAAUUAGCUGAUAAAACAGAUAACAAAGGGGAGCUUCCACGAGGUUGGAACUGGGUGGACGUAAUUAAGCAUGUAAGUAUUUUCAAGUUACCUUUUUUUAACAUUAAAAAGAUUUGCAAGAAAUAGUAAGAACUGUUGCUCAUUUUGAAUUGUAAUUUACAUAUUUCUCAAAUGCUUUAAAAUGCCUAGUCCAUCUGAAUAUUAGAGAAGGACUUCGAUUCCUCUUUGAACUUUGUUGGUUUAGUUCUUUUUUAUUUAUUGAGCAAUUAAAUUUUAAUUUUAUGAUGAGAGAGCUUUGCUAGUCAAAUGGACUGCAAAUAUUCUGUCUUUGCAUGGCAACAAGAUGUAAAAUAAAAUUAGUGUUGCUGCCAGGUUCUGGAGGGCAGGGAAUAAGUAAGCAGAAAACAGGAGCUGUCCCAUGUAGGAACACCCUGCUGUCUCCUACAAACCUGAACAUUCUCUGCCACAACUCCUCCCAUGAAUAAUUCUUUUCUACUUGCUCCCUCAGCAUUGAUUUCUUCCACCCUCUUGUCUUUGCUGAUUCAGUGGAAAUCAAUGUAGCUGUUUGACAAUUUUGAGUGUAAACUAUUUUAUUUUGCGCAACUAUAAGUAAUUCUCAGUGUAAGACUUAACACGGGUUCCAGUUGUUAAAUAAGAGCAAGUAAACGAUGAUGGUCAUUUUGGGCAGAGUUCUUCUGACUUAAAAGUGGCUACGUGUAGUGGAUAUCUUGGAUUCCAGAUAGAUUUUGUCAUAGAUGCACUACAUUUAAUAAUUAUAAGCUUAGAUUUAAAAAGUGAGAAAUAAUUAAUGUCUCUUUUUGCAUUGUGUAAAUUUCUAUCUGGGAAUUAUCUCAGAGAUAUGUGGAGAUAUUUUUUCCAUUACUUCAUCUUUUUUAUUUUGGAGAGCUGGUGAUGAAGUCUUCAAAUUAAACAGAAACAGUACCCUGAGGCUUUCCUGGGGUUUUGUGUUUUGUUUUAGUUUUUUUGUUUUGUUUUUUUUUUUUAAAUCAACUUUUAUACUCAGGAAAUAAGCUCAUUUAGUGUUUAAGCUUAAGAUAUAAUUUUUUAUGCUUUUCAGUCUAUGGGUACAGUAGCACAAUCAGUCUGUACUAUUAAUUAAAUAUACAUGUGUUCUGUGUAAGAUGGAGAUAAUGUUGUUCUUGUUUUCUAAUAAAUGGAAUGGCAGUCUAAACUUUGAA